AUGGAAGUAGAAAAUGAUAAGGAUAUCAUUGGAAUCAAAGAUUUAGAUAUGAUAUUGGAGACGGAAAAUCCACCAUCAACCAACAUUGUCAAAAUUCCACGACGCUUACACGUACACGGAUCAAUAGAAUCGAGCAGUCACGAGUUUUUACGAACAACAGACUUUGAAUACGUAAAACUGUAUUUCGCUUUAGGUGAAAAAUACACCUCGAUCGAUGUUCAUAAAAGUCAACAAGAACGAGAGUUUAAAGUGUAUUUAUCGUUUGCCGAAAACUCCAUCCUUGAUGCUGGUGGUUUUAUUUUUAGAACCAAGAAAAACAUCGAAAAAGAAAAAAUAAAAUAUUCCUAUCAUCUUAAAGAGGACCAUACGAAAAAAGAAAUGUCGUUAGUACGCGUAAAUGUUUUUACUUUUAAUACCCGCAAAUAUAAUAAUGCUAGGGCAAACAAGCACGCUCUAUACGAUAUUCGGUUCACUUAA